AUGGCACCAAUCACCUCGUUUGUGCGCAUAGCUCUGAACCUCGCCCUACCAGUCCGCUUCUCGGUGGAUCGCAAAGCAAUCCUUGAUUCGGCGCGCUCGAGUACACCUCAUAAAGAUGUUCUCUUCGAGGCUAUGGUGGCAUCUGCCAACACCCAGCGACACCGGUCGCUCCUUCUGAUCAGGCCCGGCAUCCGAGUUGUGCUCUCAAACGCGGAUAUCAUCGUCUUGUUGGCGCUAUUCAAAGAGGAGCUUUUACGGUACGUUACCCGCGAGCCACUAUCCAAAUUGGAGGCGCUUCUUCCCCCGAAGCUGGACCUCUCCUACGACCAAAAGGACCGGGUGGUGAUUCCACUCGAGAAAGACGGCUGGAAGGUGCUUUUGGUGCUCAACUACAAGUUUCUUGUACAGUACCGGGAAUUCGCACUGGGAAACGUCUACAGGCCCGAGGAGUUGAAUUUCAACGGCCGCGGUGGCCAGGGCCAUAUGUUAGUGGAGCAAAAGACAUAUAUCGGGGGGAGUAAUGCCGCCGCAACGCAUAUUUUGGUCGAAGACGAAGAUACCAUCCCCGAAGUCGGUGAGGAACACAAAAAGGGCCGAUUGAAGACCACGCACCAGCAUUGCCGCGUACUCGGACGUGGGGUCGAGAUCCGGGUGCUCCUGCGGCCGGCCCUACGGAGAACUUAG